UCAGAUUAAUGUGUUUGGAAAAAUCAGAUACAAGAUCAAUUCAGGAAUUUCAUAGCUAAAUAAAUACAACAGAUGCAACUAAAUAUGCUGAUAAUAGCUCAACCUGGGUACUAAUGAUUAAUGAGUUGCUCUGCUCAUUGAUUAAAUCAACUGGUUAGACAUUUUAUAAUUAAAAGACAACUGUGCUGGUAUGCACUAUCUAAAAACUACUUAAAAGAUAAUUUUAUUAAAAUCGAAAGCUUCCAAUGACCGCUGCAUGCAACAGUUAUUGCAGGCCACUUCGAGGAGAGAAACCUUCAGAGGACGAGCUUGAUAAAUAAGCGUCCCACACCAGCCAGCUGGAAUGGCUGCCAUCACACAGACCAUCUCGUUACUCCCAGGAAUUGAACUUUCUCCCCUGGAAGCCAACAGAUGCAGGAACAAUUUUGCCGUCCAAGUUCCCAUGUGUAAAGUUUUUCGAACCGUUCUAGAAUGGGAAUGCAGCGACAGACAGCUUGGGCAAACAUAUGCAGACUACUUUGAACAAAAGAAGCAGCAAUAUGAAGACCGCCAUACUGCCCUGGCGGCACAGAAGUGCAAUAAAUUCAAACUCCCAAAGAUUGGACUACCCCUAAAUACAAUGAAAAAGCUACAGGAAGAACCAUCAAAAUAUGACGUAACUCUAAUGUGUUCUUUUUUGUGCGAGAUAUUCAAAUCAAAAGUAUCAUACACACUCAUUGGCCAUGAGAGAAGUCUCAGUCAACUAGAGUGCCUUCUUAAAACAGCUAAGAACAUGAGGAAUGACGUCAUGCAUGAAGUCGCUGACGAUUCAGUCAGCCCUCUGAAAUUUGAUGAAAUCGUCAAAGCCAUGCAUGAUGUGAUAGACGAAGCUGGCAACGUGUACUGCAUCCCUGCUGAUGAAGUCACAAGUUUCAAAACCCAGAUAGAUGGCAUGUGGGAUGAAGUGCGCACUGACAAAGAAAAAGCUAAGGCUUAUUGUUGCUCAUUUCUUCAAAAUUUUGGAAACGAAGAAGCCAAAGUCAUGUGGGAGGCGAUGUUGUCUGAAGAUACUCUUCUCUUCGGCGAAGAUAAAGUUGAACGCUCUAAAGUUUUCCAUUCCCUGGAACUGACGAUACAGAAACCUGGUCUACAAGCAGGCAGGAUCUCAUACAAAGAACUACUCUCUGACACUGACAAGAGAUUCAUUUUAGUCAGUGGUGUGUCUGGAUCUGGUAAAUCUACUCUGCUGAAGAACUUGGUGAUACAGUUCCAUGGCAUAUCGGAUGCAGAUGUAGAGAUGAUAAAUUUGAAGACUUUCAAUUUGAUACUUAUAUAUGAGUGUAGAAACAGGUCCAUUGAAGAAUUCAGCGUAGUAGUACAACAGAAUUUUGAGAAUGUUUGUCUGAAACUCGGCACAGAAACUGUUGUACAGACAAUCAUCCAUUCAAACCCUAUAAUUCUUGUUGAUGGCUAUGAUGAAUGCCAUAAAGAUGCGUUUAAAGUUGUGGAUCAGUUGGUGGAUAAAAUGAAAAACCAUGAAUGCCGGGUGAUCAUAACUACCAGGCCAAGCCAUUUUGAAGAGCUAAAGAACCAUUUGAAACAAAAACUCUUGGUGUUUCAGGACUAUGAGAUUUCUGAAAUUUCUGACAUAGAAGAUCAAAAGACAUUUCUGGAAAAGUAUGAAAAGCAUGCCAAUCGGCAUGCUCAUGAAGUUGUGAAGACCUUCAGCUCCCUUGAACGGAAUAUCCAAGAACUUUUUGUCCAUCCCAUUUAUCUGGUACUCUUCUGCCAAUUGGUCUGGAAUUUUCCUGAAAGAAUUUAUAAUUGGACAUCCCAUGCUGAGGUAGCUCAUGACAUUUAUCGUCUGUACAAGAAAAUGGUCGAUUCGAAACUGGCUUCCUACUCCAUUGUCGACAAAGACGGUCUGGUCAACGACUUAUUCCGGGAUGUUGCCAAGUUCUCCUUUCAGACCAUUGCUGAAAACCAAUUGGUUUUCUCAGAAGACCAAGUUGGUGAGUUGAAGAGUAGUUUUAGGAAAACACUCGGGGAGUAUGGAGCCCGCGGCGAACUUGAUCCCAAAGCUCUUGUGGGGGUCGUCCUGAAAAUGAAGAGGCAUCUGAAUGAUUUUGAUUCCUGUACGUACUUCUUUCAUCACAAAAGCAUUCAAGAACUGUUUGCCUCUAAGACUGUCAUUAAGGAACUCCGUAAGAAUAACUGCUUGUCAUCUGACUUGCAUGGCGUAUCGCGUGUGAGUCAAAAUUUGCAGGGUGUGCUGGCAUACGUUCUAAUUGAGCUGAGUGCUGUUGAGAACUCAAAUGUCUUCAAACGUCACUGGCGUCGCCUGAAGGACGCUGCAAAAGCGGUAGGAGCUGACAAGAAGUUCUGGCAGCAAGUCCUGCUCAGCAGCCCCCACUCCCAGCCAGUGGCCAAAGAGACUGCCAGAGCCUACAUGGCCCACAACAAGGACUGGAACAUUGGUUCAGGUCGCGAUGCUGACACAGUUGCGCUGCUGCUGCUCCACCAGCAGCCUGCAACGCUCUGCGUCAGCCUCCUAGAGGCCCCAGCGCCCGAGUCUUGGCGCCAGGUUGCUCAAACAUUCAAAAGGGUUUUGGAGCUGCGACUGUUGAGUGAAGGCAACGACACACAACCAUGUGACCACAUGCUGGUAGCCUUGAGCUCUUCAAGCUGCUCGUUGUCAAUAUUUAUUGGCCGCGUUAAGAACGCAAGCAGUAUUCGAUCUCUGGCCAGAAUUGCAUCAUCCGAAACUGAGCUCACCAUUUACACGGAUCCACACGUGGACUUGAAGCCGUUGCAAGACAAACACCUAGAGCUCUGGGUGAUUGUGGAACCCACAUCUGAAGGAGACUUCGUUGCUCUGCCAUCGUCUGUCCACUUAUGUCUGCGGGUGAAGCCUGUCGCCCGAGACCAGCAAGAGAGUUUGACUCGCACCAUACUUGGCCUGGCUCCUGCAGACAACAGGUUUCAGAGGCUGGAGGUGCGCGACUGUGAUUUGACUGAAGCGCAGUUGCUGGAGACGCUGGGGGAGCUGCAACGCGAGGGCCUUAGGACGCUCUUCCGGGACAGGAAAAUUCAUGCGGGGCCUAGCAGAGUGCUGACAAUUCGAGAGAAGAAUUUUGCGCUAAUUCUCACUGAUGAGCCGCCGCUGCCACCUCAGGCAGGAACCUGCAGGCCUGUCGCCGCAACGCGUCUCAAGUCACCCGCCAGUCUCCCCGUUGCCCCCGCCGUCGGUGGAGAGAACCUCUGUCCGCUGGCCUCGUCAUGCGGGGACCUGGACGCCGUGUACAGGAGUCUGUACGCCCUGAACGUUGUGCUGCCGCUCGCGUUGCGCUUUGUCUUUGAGAAAGAAUUCGCAGGCAAACGUCCACAAGACACGUACGCGGAGCAUUUGUUAUUGAAUUGCCAACCUGUCUAUCGCCCAUGGUUGGUUUCCAGAAUCGAAAAAUCUCUUGCGAGCGAGGAUUUUACCAAACGUGAAUUUGAGGAAAUUGAUUUACGUCCAUUCGACUCCUAUCAUCUAAUACAGCUCAUAUAUGAGCUUCUGGAUACGAUGUCAAAUCGAAUCUUUAAUGAAUUUAAUGGAGAGAGAAAUUAUAGGAACAUGAUCGCCAUUUUGGCGAAUGUUCAGAGAGCCAGAGUUGAUGUGUACUCGAGCCUGCUUGAUGCAUCUAAACUUGUCAUGUGCCCAGAAGGCGUCAUUAACUUUGUCUUUGAGUUGAUCAGCGAGGCCGCUAACCUGUACCAAGUGUCAGAAGCUGAAACGGAGCAGGUAAAAGAAGCUUGUCAUUCACUCAGUGAUAUGUACAAGUCUGCUGUUCGCAUCGAUGAUGACGCUUUUGCAGCUUUUCGCGUUCUGCGUGAGAAUAGAGAGAGAAUGACCGGCCUAGCUUCCAAAAUUAAAUUCGAUGGUAGAGAUAUCUGGUUGCACAAAUUCCCCCCAGUAAUUUGUACCGAACAAUUUUUGUGUUCGAAUGUAGGGCGUCUCUAUCCAAGUGAACAUGAUUUCAAUCAAAACAGACACUGGGAGAUCAUUUAUGGUGAAUAUAAAGGAGUUUUCAUCUACUACAAAUGCCGGGAUAGGGAAACCAAAAGUUUUCGUUACUACAUCGAACAAAACUUCCCUGAGGCUUGCAACAAAAUUGGAGCUGACAACGUUGAAUACGUUUUAACGAAACUACUACCUCUGAUCCUCGUCGAUGGCUAUGACGAAGCCAACGCAAUGUCCUGCGUUGUAGUGGAAGAAAUUAUCAACAAAUUCUCCAAAUUUCCAAGCGAGCUUGUUACGACAACCCGGCCGGACGCUGCCUUUUCAAAAAGAAAACUCUUAAGAAAGGCCAGAAAUUCAGAAACGCAUAUUCUACCUUUCAGGUUGAAAUAUCUUGAGAAGACACUACUCUGGUCAAACCCAGAUAAUCGCUAUGUUCUUCGCCCGAAUACCUUCGUAACCUUUCCCGUGCAAUCUGGCCCAAUCGAAUUUAGCAUAGCUGAAUAGGCUCGCCUCUCUCACCGUAAAGGUAUGUUAGGCGUACAUCGGCCACCUGUUGAAAUAGGCCGCUAACUAAUGAGUUUAAUUUGGAAGUCACUUGUCCAUUGGGCCAAUGUACCAAAUGAUAACCGGCAUGAGCUGCUAAUUGUCAGGCUGUUCGCGUGAUCAGGCUCUGAUCACGCGAACCAUGACUAUCUCCGGCUUAAGAACGGCGUCGUAACUUUUCUAUGUUUUACUUAUAAAUGAAGAGGUCAUACAGACCAAAUAGUGAAACUUUCUGCAUGUAGCACUAAUACGCCCUUCUGCUUUUUAAAACUAGUUCAGAUUGGCUCAAUAAAAGGCAAGGAGUGCAUCGUUAUUUGGACAAAAUCUCUUAUUUUUUUUUUGAGUGUAUACAAUGAAACAAUAUGAGAUUUGACUUUAGUAAUUGUUGAGUAAUUUUAAUUUACCAUUUAGCGUAUUCAUUAUGUAUUGUGUGUAAGGCUUAACAGGCAACGAAAGGGUUUUAGAUAUAAAAUGUGGUGCAAAUUGGGAUUACUAGUAAUCGCAUUUAUUAUUUUAAAUAUUUUAAUAAAUGCCACCACUAUGGUGUAGUUGAUAAGUGCCUUUAUAUACGAUAAUGCAGACAAGAAAUAUGUCCUUAAACUCUACUGUAGAAGAGAACUUUUUAUUAACUAUAAUUCGGUUCUAAACCGAGAUGUUCAAUAUAUUGUUACCAAUGCAGGCUAUUUACAACAAUGUGGGGAAAACCGUUAUUUUUUAUAGCAUGAUUUUCAAGAGAUUCUUGAUAUAGUGUACUGUAAUAUAGAUUUUAAAUCUUUACAUUUGUCAAUGUUAGUACUUCUGCUUCUAAAUAAUAGAGGAGGCUUAAUUUACCAUAAAUCAGUAUUUUGCUUAUCCAUAAUGCAUUUGAAAGCAGCCAAUAUUUAUAUGGUUAACAGCUGCUUUAAUUCACUACAUUCAAAAUGUGGGUGAGAAUUUGCAUCAUUUUUUAUAAUUCGGUUUAUAACUGUCUCUAUAUUUAAUGCCCUUAAGAAUGGCCUCGAUAUAUUUGUAUGUAGUAUGUUGAACAUAUUAUAAUUUAUUAGUAAAUAAAAUAAAACUUCACUAUUCUUAUGUAGUUCUGAACAGCCUUAAUUUAAUGGAAAGC